AGAGAGGGGAACCCCGUCGUCACAUAAGAACCAGCGCAGCGAAUGGAGCAUCGCUCAUCAUCAGAACCCGACCGAAAUUGCGCAAAAAAGGAAAGCAAAACAUCCAUCCGCGAUAGAACGGCCUUCGCGCGAAAAACCCUUAUAUAAAAGCAUUGGCCGGCUCCUGUCCACUCAAUAGAUCAUCUAGCGUGUUGCACUCGAUCAGAGGUGCCACUGUCUCGGCAACAUCUACGCGCGUAAGUUCUGUAUCAGCGAUAGUCGUGUGUUCUCUCCAUCUAAGGAUCGCCGCCACAUGGUGUGAAAACAGUUGAUUGAAGAUAAUUGGAUUGAUUAAGCCUCGAUCGCAAACUCAAACCAUUGAACUUGAGCCUACCAUUUAGAGGCAAUCCUCCAAAGAGUGUUAGCUGCUGCCACCAGUUGAUAGACGUCGAAUACGCACCCUUCCAUUACUGAUUGAUCGAGUGCUAAAAAUAACAUUACCAAAAGCUGUUGCCCUACACACCAAGAUGAGGUCACUGUCAUUGGUACUGUCAACUUUGCUGAGUUUGCUGCUGUUGACCGAAGUGGUUCUAGCAUCGCCGGUACUUGAUAAGCUGUUCGGAUUCGCCGCUUACCAACCGGGUUAUUCCGGUUAUGGCUACGGUGGAAACCAGUACGGGUACUACAGUUCCGGCGGAGGAGGCCCCAGUCCAACGCACAAGAAAAAGCCCAAGGGUCGCUCGUAUAAGGACAUCUGCCGAGUGGUGAACCCUACGCCGUACGCUUUGCCAGGAAGUGUUCCCUAUCCCGCGGCGCCAUUCUGUCCGUAUUGAAAAUGAAAAUAAUACUCUUGUAUGUUGUGUUCAGUUGUACAUCGAAUGUGUUUCUAUGAAGUGUGAGAUUGAACCCUUUGCUGUAUAUAGCUAGUGAUAAGGUGAUGAUAAUAAAGUGCAAAGUAUUUUUAGUUUAUUUCAAAGGGA